AUGAUUGAUAUCAACGUCAAUAACAUAUUUUUUAGAUCUUAUUCGGUCGAUCCUAAUUCUGGUCACGCAAUUUAUGUUUUUGACUCGACUUAUUUGCCUGCUCCCGAUGAAAUUGGCAAUAAACAGGUCUAUGACUUGCUUAUCAAUGCCCUCAUGGAUCGAUUGGUGAUGAAAUUGCCACAGGCACCAUAUUCGCUGGUGAUCUUUUCAUCAGGGUUCUCGCAGCGGAAGAUUAGCUGGGUUUACGGUAUCAAAAUGUUUGCCAAACUGCCUAAAGAGACCAAAUUCUAUUUACAAAAGAUUUUCAUUGUUCAUGAAUCAUUCUUCGUUAGAUCCGUGUACCAGGUAGUGUCAAAUGCCAUGAACUUCAAUUUCUUGGACUCAAAAGACAGUCAGCAUGAUUUUCCAAGCCUGGUUCAUGUCUUGGACCUAACUUCUUUAUCCGAGCUAAUAGAUAUUACGCGACUUAGAAUAUCUUUAAACGUGUAUUUAUAUGAUUAUCAGAUAAGCGAACAUAUAGAUGUUCCAGAAGAAUAUUAUAAUAGAUUGACGCCUUUGGCGAUGAGACAGUAUAGACAAUUGAUAUUUGAUAAAAUCUUCAAAAAAUUGCGAAGCGAUGCUGUUAUCUGUGAAUUGAUUUUCCAGAAGCCGGGAAACUAUAAAAAGGUAAACAUCUUUUUGGAUAUCAUAAAGAGAAACAACUAUAUUGACUUGUCUCAAUGGGACAUUUAUUCUUUGGCUUCCGUGUGGUUGAACUUCUUUAUCAAAAACAAGGCAAAGCCCUUGAUCCCAAUUGAAUUAAUUUCCUUACCGAUCGUCGAUGAUUUUGAGUUCACAUGUGAAACCUUCCGUAAAAUCAUCAAAUUCAAUCAAUACCAGGAUCUUUUCAUGGUCAUAUUUCCAUUUUUCAAUAAGAUCAUUGCGCAUAAUGAAAUGACUAAACAUGAUUCAAGAAGUUUAAGUAAAGCUUUAACGCCAGCUCUAUGUAAGGAGAAACUUUCUAUAAUGACCAACGAUCGUUUAGCUAUUGGAUCAAGAUAUAUCAAGAAUUUACUGGACUUUUUCUCCGAGAUCACAAAGGAAAUAACGUCUCCUUUGUCAUCAGUAUCAUCGUCUUCUACAAUACCUGCAUUACCUAAGCCAAGAAAAUCAUCUCCAACUAGAUAUAGCGAACUGGGUCGCUUGACUCUUCUUAGAAGCAGAAGUCCUAGUCCACAGAGAUCAGUAACAUCUCCAACAUACACACCUGUCGCUUUACAGGACACACCAGUAUUGAAACCUAAGUCGUCAUGUAGAAUUGCUUCUUCCCCAUCACUUGAUACUAAACCUUCACCUCCAAUUAAGACACCUUCACGGCCACAAGCCUCAUUAACCUCCCGUUCAAAUACCGAUUUGACAUUGGCUUCGUCUUCUACAGACACCAUAUCCUUGCCAACACAAACGCCAUCCGCCGACUCGCUUCCAUUGAGCAACAGCAGCAUAGAUUUAACGAUUUCGGACACUAUAAAAGAAAUGGUCAAGGAUGAGCCGGCAAAUGAUAAAGGCUCUGCGGAAACAGAUAUAUUAAUACAGCACUUCGAAAGUUUGACUCUUGUGCAAAACGCGAAGAUCAAGAAAUUUGAUAAAAUAUUACAGGAAAAGAAGAAGAAAAAUGAAACUACCUCCAAGACAGCGAAUAAAUUCUCUCAAAAGGGAUAUUCGGAUAUUAAUGCAAGCAACAAAGUUAGCAGGCUGGCUGCAUUGUACGAAGAGCGUCUACAAGGUUUACAAGUAAUGAAUGAAAUGAAACAAAAGUGGUAA